CUGCUCGGGCUGCAGCAGAGCUUGACUCCUUCUAGGAGCAACGUGGUCUUGAACAUGCUGAGGCUUAUGCAGAAGAAGGCCCUGCUCUUGCUCUCGGAGGGUGAAAGCGAGGGAACUGAGUCGAGCUCUGAUACGGGUGCUGAUGGUUCUCCGGUUUCGGAGCCCAAAUUCGAUGUGGGCACCGAUGGUUUCAAUAAAAGUUCGGUCCUUGAAGCUGAAAACGAUGAGAUUCAAGUGAACUCUGAUGUGGGUACUAAUAGUUUGGCAGUUUCAGAGUCCAAGGCUUCAACUUCUGGACCCGAGACCGAAGCCACGAGUGGUUUAGGAAGCAGGGGGCAGAGGAUUAAGGGGAUAUUGGAGAGGGAACUCAGCCCCGUUGUAUUGGAAUUGGAAGACAUCUCGGACCAGCGCGCCGGGCAUGCUGUUGCCUGAGGGAGCGAUGGAGAGAUGCAUUUUAAUUUGAGACUAGUGUCGAAGGAGUUCUAAGGGAAGAGCUUGGUUAAGAGGCACAGGCUUGUU